AAUGGAUUAAAGUAUACUAUUUAAGCCUCUUAAAAUGGGAGAUGUCGAACUUCCUAAUCGUAUUUGUAUGGCAGCUUUAACCAGAUAGAGAUGCGAAUCAAAAGACCUUGUUCCCACUGAUAUGAUUAUAGAAUAUUAUGGACUUAGAGCAGAGGCUGGAUUUAUAUUGACAGAAUGUGUUCCGAUUUCCUAAAGAUCUUUAGCUUUCCCAGGAGAGCCAGGAAUAUACACUAAGGAGUAGGUUGAAGGUUGGAAGAAGGUAGUUGAUAAAGUACACUCAAAAGGAGGAAGAAUAUAUGCUUAGGUAUGGCAUGCUGGAAGAGCUAGUCUAUCUACUUUAUAGGAUGGAUUAGAAAUUUGGGGUCCCUCACCAAUUAAGAUAAGGGGCAUCCAUAGAAGAGGUUUGACAGAACAUGAAGUACCUCAUGAAAUGACCAUAGAAGAAAUUCAAGAGGUCAUCUAACAAUUUAGAUAAGCUGCUGAAAAUUGUAAGGAAGCUGGAUUUGAUGGAGUUGAAUUGCAUGGAGCUCAUGGAUAUAUAAUUGAUUAGUUUCUUAGAGACAGUUCAAAUCAAAGAACUGAUGAAUAUGGAGGAAGUGUUGAGAAUAGAAGUAAAUUAUGUUUAUAGGUGAUUGAUGAAUUCAUUAAUGUUUUUGGAAGAGGAAGGGUUGGUAUUAAGAUAUCUCCAGUAGGUAGAUUGAAUGAUUAAUAUGAUUCUGAUCCUCUUAAGCUCUAUACCUAUUUGGUUAAAGAACUUGAGAAAAAGAAAAUUGCUUUUAUUGAAGUCAAAGAUGAUAAUGAUCCUGCCAAUUUAUUUGAUUUUGGUUAUCCAUCAAGUAAAGAAUAGAUUCCUGAUCUUUUUGAUGUCUUCAGACCAUUAUUUAGUGGUAUAUUAUUAGCCAAUAAUCAAUAUACACCAACAACAGCUAUUGAGGGUAUUGAAAAGGGAAAAUUUGAUGCAGUGACAUUUGGUAGAUUAUUUAUUUCAAAUCCUGAUCUUGUGGAGAGAGUUAGAAAUGGAUAUGAGUUAAAUACAAAUUGGGAUGUGGAUACCUUUUAUACUAAAGGUAUUAAAGGUUAUUUAGAUUAUCCAUUAUAUUCAUAAUAAUAAUAGAAAUGAU